AUGGAAAAGCAGGCACAGCCGACCGGAGACACGCCAUGCAGCCAAGUUCCAGUCCUGGGAUACAAGAUGAAUAUCGAGGAGAAAUACUUGAUCGGCCGCGAGCUCGGCAAGGGCGGCAAUGGCGUUGUGCGGGUCGUCGUCAACCGCGAGACAGGAGAAGAGUUUGCGUGCAAGUCCAUCAAGAAAGUCUUGAAAGACGCUUCCGAAAAGAAAAAACAAGGACACAUAGAGAGCAUCCGCCGCGAGGUGGCUGCCCUCUCCAAGCUGCAGGGCAGUCUCAAUGUGGUGAAGCUGGAGGAUGUGUUUGAGGACGAGGACCACGUGUACAUCAUCAUGGAGAUGUGCAAGGGGGGGGAGCUCUGGCACCGGAUUGGCGACCGCCACUAUAGCGAGCGCACGGUGGCAAGCUUCAUGCGUGCCGUACUCCGUACGCUGGCGCAAUGCCAUGCACAGAACAUUAUUCACCGUGACAUCAAGCCUGGUAACUUCAUGCUGCUGUCCGGCGACGAACGCGCCCCUGUGAAGGCCAUUGACUUUGGUCUGGCGGCUCCAUUCGACCAGCAGCAGCUGCCGCGUACAGAUCUGGGGCUGGAGGGGACGCCUUGGUACAUGGCGCCAGGGUUUGGGCCUGCGGAUGUCCACCGCGGUGUUGGAGGUCAUGGGCUUUCCCCCCUUUUGAAUGACCCGCCAGAGACACUCCGCGGCGAGUGGUCCCCCUCCAGCGACAUGUGGGCGGCCGGGGUGAUGGCCUUCCAGCUGCUGAGUGGUCGGUUUCCCUUUGACGACAAGCAAAACUCAUUUGCACCUGCUAUCACGGCCAUUUGGCGCUCCGUGUUGAAUGACCCCCUGGACUUCAGCCACCCCUCCUGGGGAGGCAUCAGUGCGGAGGCCAGGGACUUCUGCAAGCUGCUGUUGAACCGGGAUGUGGCGGCCAGACCCUCGGCUAGGGAGGCGCUCAAACACCCCUGGCUGAAGGGCGACUCGUCGGAGCGAUCCGUGGGCAAGAAGAUCAGCCGCACUGUGGUGGCUCGUAUCCAGCGCUUCGCUUCGGGAAGUCUCUUCCGUCGCUCCGUACUGCAGUACAUUGCUGCCGAGCUGCUGAGUCAUCCGGAGCUGCUCAUGGCGUCGAGGAUGACGUCAUCGUCGGCGACAGCGGCGGCGGCGGUGGCGGCGGGAGCAGAGGCCGCCGCUGGCGGCAGCGGGGGCGGCGGCGGCACAGUCGGCGAGGAGGAGGCAUCUGUUGCGAAGGAUACGAAGGUGGUGGCGGCGGCUGGGAGUAACGACCGGGUAGUGGCGGCAUCCGAGUUGGCGGCGCUGGCGGGCUUGUUGUCCCAAUUCCGGUUGGACCGUACGGACUCGUCCCUGGACGAGCGGCAGCUUGGGGAGGUGCUGGCAAAGAUGGGUUUCCGCCUCGCGCCCAGCGAGGUGUCCCGGUUGAUGGAGGGUCUCGACACGGACCGCAGCGGGUCGGUGGGUCGGUCUGAUCUGGCGGCCUGCCUGGUCGACUGGCGGCACAUGCAGCGGAACCACACGGACCUCUGGCUGCAGCUGGCCGCUAGGGCAUUCCGUCAUCUGGAUCUGGACAGCAGCGGUGUCCUCGAAGUGGACGAGCUCAUUGCGGCGAUGCGAGCUCGGCUGCCGCCGGAGGAGGUGGCGGAGGCGCUGCAGGAGGCGAUGGAAGAGGCGGCGGCGCAGGCGGCGGCUGGCGGCUGUGUGUAUGGUGGUGCAGCAGCGACUGCCGGAGUUUCGACGUUUGGUUUCGGGGCGGCGAGCUUUGGUGGCGGUGUGAUGGCAGGCUCGUCCUUGGCGGAUGCACAGGGACUGGAUUUUGAGGCAUUUGUCCGGUUGCUUAAGGGUUUGGCACUACUGGUAAGGCGCGACCAUUGCCCCCGGGAGAUGCCGGGAUCGAUACCCAUCAGGGUCAAAGUCCUUCCGAUGGUGGAAGGCAUUGUGCCCCUAGUUGAUGGACGGUGGUGA